GCUCCCGCGCUUUCAUGAAUAUUUGGUUCAAUCAAGCGAAAGUGUGGGAAUUCUCCCACCCUCUCUGAAAGAUUUGGUUCAAAAGAUGAAUGUGAAAAAGUAUCCAACACAACCAACCAACCAACCAAAAACAACCUCUUUGGCCCAAAUCCAAACCCAAUCCGCCGCUUCCUUCUCUUCUGUCUUCCUCCUCGCCUCAUCUCCCCUCGAUUCAAUCCGCCGCCGCCGCCGCCGACCUCCUCUCCCCACCCCACCGGCGACCUCCCGCCUCCGCCACCGCCCUGCACCGCGCCGCUGGCGCCCCCAACCUUCUCCUCUCCCUCCUCUCUUCUUUCUCGGAGGGAAGCCCUAGAUCCACAGGCCGCGGCAACCACCGCUACCGCGUCCUCCUCCUUCCACCCCUCCUAGCCACCCGCCGCGUCCAACCUCCACGGCUCUCCGUCUCUCGCUCCCCGCGCCCGAAACCCUAGCCUGCGGCCAUGGCGACCGAGCUCGGGAUCCCUCUCCUUCAAGACCUCGACAAGGGACGGACUAUAGUGCACAGGUGCGGCGGCGCAAGGCUGCGACCCCCGAGGACGCGGAUGUGCAGGAGCACACGCGGGUGCAGCAAGGCGCACACGAGGGAGCAGCAAGGCGAAGCGGUGACCACGCCAAACAACACCGCGUUCAUGUCAGGUGCAAGUCAGCGAGGCUGCAAGGCUAUGGCCCGCGAGACCGAGCGCGCCGAUGUGCAAGAGUACUGCAGCGCGCAUGAUCUGGAGCACGACGGCACGGAGAGGUGCAACAAGGCGAGGGGGCAACCAUGCCAAACAACAGCCAGCGUUCAGCAGGUCUAUCUUAUUCCCCCAAAGAAGAAGAUAGUAGAAAACUCAAGUUAGAUUGGCAGUGAGCUCUAGAUGGGUCUGUAUGCUCAUCUCUCUGGUCCUGUACAAGACACCGCAGAUGGGGAUUGCUCUUGUAGUCCAUUCCCACCUGGCCACUGUCAGGUAGGAGGAGACAGACUGACGUGUGGUGCGCGCGCCGCACCAGCGAGUCUCUCUUGUGGUCCUCCCUCUCUUUUCUCUCCAUCCGAGAGCAAAAAUGCAUUUGAGUUUUCAGUCUGCUCUGCUGUGUGUGUGUGAGUAAGAGAGACGGAGGGAGACGCAGAGCUAUGAAAUGUUCCCUGCUGUUUGUAACUUCUAAGGAUGUUAGCCUUUCUUUGUCUUAUGUGGAUGUCAUGAAUCAACAAAGUUUUACUUCUAUAUCUAGAGAUUCAUGGUUGUGCUAGUAGUAAGUAGUUCAGUCUGUGUGAUAUAAUGUUAAGGAGUAGGCCUUUUGUAGAUGAACUCCGUUUUUUUACGCGUUGUGGCUGGAUGUAAACAUAUGGCAUUGUGAAUAUGUACUGUACGUGCCUAUUUCAGAGGGCGAAGCCGGUCAUCAUUGACCUUGGCAAAUCCGUGCUGCA